AUGCCCGAAAGUGACACCACCGUGCCUUCAAUAAUCGAAGAUGGCAUCGUCGACAUCGCUCGUCGCAUCGCUGGCGUUGCAGCUUUCAUCAAGCAUCAAUACAUCCGCGACGUGCUGAUGGAGACUGUUCUAUUUGACGGCUUCUCUCGCGGUCUACACACUCGCCUAUUGCGCUUUGACUGGCCUCUACUGAAAGACAACAGAGCGUUCCAUUCCUGGGAGGAUCCAAUCCCUGAAGCUCGUGAAGCCAUCAACGCCAUGGGAGCUUUGAGAGAGUUUUUCCAGGCGAGAGUGAAGAGGGACGGGGGGAAUGGCGGAUGUGAUGGUCAUCUGUCGGAUGAGUCUCGACUGGCGAAAGAUGUUGGGUUUGCGGCGGAUUUCACAGAGAAGCUGUUGGAAAUGAAAACCAACAGGGAGCAUGGUAGAGGGGCCGAGGAUAUGGUGGAGGGUGUUUCAAGUCAGGCUCAGGCUUUGAGACAUCCUUGCGAUGCCGUCCAAAUUCCUGGAAACUCGACUGCUGCCACGGAGAGGGUUCUUCUCGAACAGGAAGAUGGAACCCGAACACCACCAGAGACUCUGUACUGUGCGCCUGUCAAGGAAUACAAGAUUCACAACCACCCACCUUAUCGAUCGUCCGGCCGUAGCUGGUUCGAAGACGACGUCCACUUCGCGGAUCUGAUCGGAGAGCCAUACCAAUGGUCUCAUCCUCCGCCGAAGACGUUCACGACCAUCCGUGGCGGAUAUGAUCGCGGCUGCUGGCAUUUUGUCGACGCUACAGCCCUUGGAAUCGCGGGACUUCAGUUCAUCAAAGUGAAGCAUCCUCUCGACGAGGGAGCCACGAAGGAUUUGGACUGGGAUGUGUUGAGAUUUAUGAGACUGGCGCUGUGGGAUUACACGAAUGGCUAUGCGUGUCGUGAAGAGGAGAGGGCGACUUUGAAGGCUCUGAGGAGGGAGAUUCAGGUGCGAAAGGAGGAGGUGGGGAAAUUGAAGGAAUUGUCUGCGAGUCAAGACAACGCUGAGGCAGCGGUGCCCGAUGUCAUACUUGACCAGGAUUGCGCUCUUCGAUCUCCAGAGGCCAGUGCAAGGAAUGGGACUCUGGACAGGAACAGAGAUACGAUUCAGCAGUCUCCAAAGCUUCCCAAUGGAGCCUUGGCGGAAGUCGAGGGCAAUGGCCUUCUGUCUGGAGGACGCAGUCCGCCAUUCGAACCUGAUGUUGAAACUGAGAAAGACUCAGCGCCUCCUCCGCCACGGCCGCAUCAGGUCACAAAUGAAUCUCCCCGACCUGAGGAUCUCAUGGAUGAAGUUGCACCUUCGGCUGGCGCUCCUCUCAAGCCGAUUCUCGAGAUGACCUAUCAGCCACCCCAGUCGCCUUCUUUCCUGGACCCGUAUUCGAAUGGUAACUACGAGUAUGAGAGGCUCGUCAACGGCGCUGGACCACCGAUCGAACCUCCAAUUGAGCCCCCGGUAACACUUGGAGGUAGACUACCUUCGUUUCAGGAUCGGUGUAGCAAGGACGAGACGUCAAUGGAUGAAGUGACUCUUCUCCGCCGUCUUCAUUACGACAUCAACGAGGUACCAAAUAAUCAAAGCUCUGCCGCCUACCUUAUGAGUAUGACCUCUGUCCACGACGGCUCUCUACCGAUUGGCAAGGACACACAGCCCCCGCGUGAGAGCUCUAUUCCUGUACUACCCACAAUGGAAAAAGAUACCACGACUCAGAACAGUUCUCGGUACUUUGAUCGUCUGAAGAAGAAGCUGCGGCAGAGCAAGACACUCAAAGUGCCCGAGAAGGACAGACUGGCGCCCGGCGUCUCAUCGAAUCCGAUGAAAGUAGACUGCCAAAGAGUAGACACACCAAAGAGCCCCAACGACGAAGCCAGCCCUUUACCCAAAAGACGUACAGAGCCAGGCUCAGAGUGGGAUUGGGUAGAUCCCUCGUCUCACGCGGCAUCAGACGAGCACAGCCUCACUGGCGAGGAAUGUGUCCGUGCCGAUCCAGAGCCACCAAACAAGGCAUUGCGCUCAUCUCGAGGCCGCGAUCGUCUCGAAAGCCUCUUCACUGCGGGCUGCUCGACCGCUGGUAGGCUCAACUUUGAACCCAGUACCUAG